AUGAUGUGGCGCGCUGCCAUGGUCGCCGCCAUGGUGCUGCUGCUCAGUGCCGUGCAGCCAGCUGAAGCUGGCAUUGCCACAGUGGCCAUUGAUUUUGGCAGUGAGUGGAUCAAGAUGGCUCUUGUCAAGCCGGGCACGCCCAUGGACAUUGUCCUCAAUCGCCCUCUUUCUCACGACAAAUUGCGCGUUCUCACCGUGCGCAGUGAGAGCAAGCGCAAAACAGCCAACGUGGUCGCGCUUCGCAAAGGCGAGCGGACUUUUGGCAAUGAUGCCCUGAACACGGCCAUCAAGUAUCCCAAGACCGGGUUUCGCUACCUCUCUCUCCUGCUGGGCCAGCGUAUGGAUAGCCCCGCCGUGAAGGAAUACCAACUCAUGUUUCCCGAGCAUAAGCUCGAAGCUCUUCCGGGCCACAAUACCGUGGCUUUCCGUCUGGAUGAGGACACGUUGUAUCCCGUUGAAGAGCUUGUGGCUAUGAUUCUUGAACAUGCCAAUGAAUUGGCUUCCGAGUAUGCUGAGCAACCCAUCAGCUCCCACAUCAUCAUCAUUCCGCCCUUCUUCUCUCAGGCUGAACGCCGUGCCCUGUUGUCCGCUGCCGAGUUGGCAGGCUUGAAUGUCCUGCGCCUCAUGUCAUCAAGCGUUGCAACUGGACUGAACUACGGCGUGUUCCGCCGCAAGGAGUUUAAUGCUACUGAACAGCACAUUCUGUUCUAUGAUAUCGGCUCAACCAACACCAUUGCCUCUGUGGGCACCUUCAGCCAAGUGAAGGAUAAGUCGUCCAAGGUUCCGCAAGUUCAGAUCAAGGGCGUCGGUUAUGACCGACUCCUCGGUGGCUUUCAAUGGGACCGACUCUUGCAGCAGCAUCUGCUCAAGGCCUUCCGCGCCCAGCAUGGCAGCAAGCUCAAGGGUGACCCCGGUGCCAACCCCCGUGCACUUGCCAAGCUUCUCAAAGAAGCACAGCGCGUCAAGACGAUUCUUUCGGCCAACACUGAAACGUUUGCUCAGAUCGAGGGCUUGUUUGAGGAGCGGGAUUUUAAGUGCAAGGUCACUCGCGACGAGCUUGAGGCUAUGGCUGCGCACUUGUACCCACGUGUGCUCAAGCCGGUCGAGACGGCAUUGGCAGCAGCCAACUUGACGCUGGAUCAGCUGACCAACCUUAUCAUCAUCGGCGGUGGCGUCCGUAUGCCCAAAAUUCAGGACAUUCUGGUGGCUUUACGAUGA